UUUCCAUACUUUCAGAAACGCCGGCGACGAAUCGACCGCUCCAUGAUCGGGGAGCCAACUAACUUUGUUCACACCACACAUGUAGGCUCGGGGGACAUGGGCCUGGGAUUGGCAUCGGUGGACCUGGUCCAGGCUCAAAUGAAAUCUAAAGGGGGCUACGCACAUGGAGGCUCUGAAGGCUCUCAAUUGUAA